AUGCUAGGAUGCGAUGCGGCACUGAGACUGACACUUGAAACUUCAUCGGCAUUAAACCCACAGAAACAAAGCACUGUCACUCCAGAGGACUCUGUGAGAAUGCCUCAGACCAACAAGUCGGUGAGCGGCGGCUGUGUGCCAGGACAGGUAUCUGCUCCAGACCAGGGCGAGCCACCACCGCCGUCAGCGGAUGCUAAGGCCCAGGUGGCUGCUGAAGAUGGAGGCGGAGGGGUCGCUGCUGAAGACAAGGGAGACACAGAGAUCAUCAAAUCACCCAGUGACCCAAAGAAAUACAGAUACAUUGAACUGAGUAAUGGCCUCCGAGCUCUCCUCAUCUCUGACUUCAGCGGGGCUGAUGGGAAAGGAGGCAGUGAAAACGGAGAGGGCAAGGGGGAAAAUGAGGACGGGGACGAGGAGGCAGAGGAGGAAGGUGAAGAUGAAGGUGAUUCUGGUGAGGGAUCGGAGGAGGACGAGGAGGACGAGGAAGAGGAAGAGCAGGACAGCGACUUCGAUGAGCUGGACGAGGAGAACGCAGGGAAGAAGAAGAGAGGGAACUCUGAGAAGCAGGCGGCAGCUGCUCUGUGCAUCAGUGUGGGGAGCUUCAGUGACCCAGACGACCUGCCCGGCCUCGCACACUUCCUGGAACACAUGGUGUUCAUGGGCAGUGAGAAAUACCCAGCAGAGAAUGGCUUUGAUGCUUUCUUGAAGAAGCAUGGUGGAAGUGACAACGCCUCCACCGACUGUGAGAGAACCAUUUUUCAGUUCGACGUGCAGAGGAAGUAUUUCAGAGACGCGCUCGACAGGUGGGCUCAGUUCUUCAUCUGUCCUCUGAUGAUUGAGGACGCCAUCGACAGAGAGGUGGAGGCUGUGGACAGCGAGUACCAGCUAGCGAGGCCGUCUGACUCGCAUCGUAAGGAGAUGCUGUUUGGAAGCCUGGCGAAACCUGGACACCCUAUGAGCAAAUUCUGCUGGGGUAACGCUCAGACAUUAAAACACGAGCCCAAAGAGAAUCAGAUCAACACGUACCAGCGGCUCAGAGACUUCUGGAGGAGAUAUUACUCUGCUCAUUACAUGACCCUCGCUGUUCAGUCCAAAGAAACCCUGGACACUCUGGAGCAGUGGGUGAGAGAGAUCUUCAUCAAAGUUCCCAACAAUGGUGAACCUCGACCUGACUUCUCUGACCUUCAGCAGCCGUUUGACACACCAGCCUUCAACAAACUCUACAGAGUGGUCCCUGUGAGGAAGGUUCAUGCUCUGACCAUCAGCUGGGCCGUACCACCACAGGGGAAACACUACAGAGUGAAACCUCUUCACUACAUCUCCUGGCUGAUCGGACACGAAGGAACCGGCAGCAUCCUGUCUCUGCUCAGGAAGAAGUGCUGGGCUCUGGCUCUGUUUGGAGGAAACAGUGAAACGGGCUUUGAUCAAAACACCACCUACUCCAUCUUCUCCAUCUCCAUCACCCUCACCGACCAGGGCUACCAGAACUUCUACCAGGUGGUAGAUUUUGUGUUCCAGUACCUGAAGAUGCUCCAGACUCUGGGCCCCCAGCAGAGGAUCUAUGAGGAAAUUCAGAAGAUAGAAGCCAACGAGUUCCACUAUCAGGAGCAGACGGAUCCCAUCGAGUUCGUAGAGAACAUCUGUGAGAACAUGCAGCUGUUUCCUAAAGAGGACUUCCUGACCGGGGACCAGCUCAUGUUUGAGUACGACCCACAGGUGAUCAGUGCUGCUCUGUCCCUUCUGACUCCAGACAGAGCAAACCUGAUGCUGCUGUCACCAGAAAACGAAGGUCACUGUCCACUCAGAGAGAAGUGGUUUGGUACCUGCUACAACAUGGAGGGUAUCCCAGAGGAGUGGGCUCAGCGCUGGGCAGGAGACUUCAAAGUGAACCCUGACCUCCACCUUCCUGCUGAGAACAAGUUCAUCGCAACGGAUUUCACCCUGAAAACGUCAGACUGUCCUGACACUGAGUUUCCUGUCAGGAUAGUCAGCAGUGAGCGAGGCUGCCUGUGGUACAAGAAGGACAACAAGUUCAAGAUCCCCAAAGCCUACAUUCGUUUCAACUUGAUCUCCCCCAUGAUUCAGAAGAGCCCUGAGAAUCUGGUUCUGUUUGACCUCUUCGUCAACAUCUUGGCUCACAACCUGGCAGAGCCGGCCUACGAGGCCGACGUGGCUCAGCUCGAGUACAAACUGGUGGCCGGAGAGCACGGACUGGUGAUCCGACUGAAAGGCUUCAACCACAAGCUGCCGCUGCUGUUGAGGCUGAUCGUGGAUCACCUGGCAGACUUCAGCGCUGAGCCGGGCGUCUUCACCAUGUUCUCAGAGCAGCUGAAGAAAACCUACUUCAACAUCCUCAUCAAACCCGAGCGACUGGGCAAGGAUGUUCGUCUGCUGAUCCUGGAGCACUGUCGCUGGUCGGUCAUUCAGAAGUAUCAGGCUGUCAUGAAGGGUCUGACCGUGGAUGACCUCAUGACCUUCGUCAGCGGGCUGAAGGCAGAGCUGUACACCGAGGGGCUGGUUCAGGGAAACUUCACCAGCACGGAGUCCAAGGAGUUCCUGCAGUACUUCAUCGAUAAGCUGCAGUUCCAGCCUCUGUCUGCAGAGGUCCCUGUCCUGUUCCGGGUGGUGGAGCUGCCUCAGAAAAAUCACCUCUGUAAAGUCAAAUCUCUCAACAAGGGAGACGCCAACUCCGAGGUCACCGUCUACUAUCAGUCGGGGCUGAAGAAUCUCAGAGAGCACGCCCUGAUGGAGCUGAUGGUGAUGCACAUGGAGGAGCCGUGCUUCGACUUCCUCAGGACGAAGGAGACUCUGGGGUACCAGGUGUACCCAACCUGCAGGAACACCUCAGGCGUGCUGGGGUUCUCUGUCACCGUGGAAACACAGGCCACCAAAUUCAGCACGGAGUUCGUCGAGGCAAAGAUCGAGGAGUUCCUGGUCAGUUUCGGUGAGCGUUUGUCGGGUCUGAGCGAGGAGGCCUUCAGGACCCAAGUGACGGCUCUCAUCAAGCUGAAGGAGUGCGAGGACGCUCACCUGGGAGAGGAAGUGGACCGCAACUGGUUUGAGGUCGUCACGCAGCAGUACGUCUUCGACAGGCUCAAUAAAGAGAUCGAGGCUCUGAAGCGCUUCACUCAGGAGGAGCUGGUCUCCUGGUUCCUGGAGCACAGACACAGCAGCAGCAGGAAGCUCAGUGUACAUGUGGUUGGCUUUGGGGUGGAGGAGAACGACCCCUCGGAGCAGAGUGUCGUCUGCGACCCCGACAGCCCCCCCUCCUCGGCCUAUGGCGAAGUCAGCGAGCUGACCUUCCUGUCAGUCUCAUCGCCGUCCCUCCAGGACACCGCGCUCAUCACCAACAUCAGAGCGUUCACCUCCUCCCUCCCCCUUCACCCCUACCACAAAAUCCUCAGCUAGGCCGCUCCCCCUGCAGACCAACAGCAAGCUCAACAAAACACCUCCUCCUUUCCUCUCUCCGUGUCAGCGAUUAUAAGGUAACCAUGGCAACGGCUAGCAUCCAUAAUCGCACUGUUUGAUCAAAGAGGACUCUGAUAAGAUGGACAGAAACUGAGGGAUGUUUCAGAGGCGUUAGUUAUUUUAUUUAAUGCUGCAUUCACUUCCUGGGGAAAACUGUAAAUCUGAGCUUCUUCCUCAUAAAGCGUGUUCACGGUUUUCAGAGAUGACUGACAGAAAAUCCUGUUCCUCAUUUUACAGGUGAAACAUGGGAUUUUUAGCUUGGGAAAAAUUCUGGCAACACCAGGAAAAACAGUCGAGCAUGAAAUAAAAAUACAUGAACUUUAGAUACAUAAAAGACACUGUUGCUGUCACUGAGCCACACAGCAUCUAACAGACUAAACUGCAGCUGUGAGCUGAGCUGGACCUGAUUCCUGCAGCUAAACCAGAUGUAUGAGCAAAUUACCCUGAGAUUCAACAGAACAAAGGAUCAUAAAUUUCUUAGUAUCAGUCUAAUGAUGACUUUCUCAGUGGUUUGGCCAGUAAAAUGUCAGAAAACAGCUGUAAACUUCCAUCACAGUUAUCCAGAGCCUGAACUGACGACUCAUAAUGUCAUGUUUUCUUCAACUAUUCAUUAUCAAAAUAGUUUCAACUAAUCAGUGUCUUAAUCAUUUCAGCUUUACAGUGUGUGCUUUAUCUUUUCUGGUCUUUUAAUUCAAACGUUCAUAUCAGACCUUUAGGUCCCAAAAACAGUAAUGUACUACUGUAUCAAUAAUCUAGCCAGUAUAUCAAGGAUCCUCGCUCUGACCUGAAUGAAACCAGGUCUUUCAUUUAAACUGAACACAUGGGGAACGCAACAACAGGCUAAACCACAGGUUUAGGGAAGGUAUAAAACCAGGUCCAGGUGAUUCCUUCAGUCCAAAACCCGACAACCUCAAAUGAACAAUCAUGCGAAACAAAGAAACAACAAACCUUCACACUGGAGAGGCUGGAAUCUGAGAAGAGACCACACAAUUCUAAGUGCAGCAAAGCUAACGACAGAGCGACAGUCUCACUACACUGUGAUCACAGGUGUUAAUCUGUGUUACUGUGAAACAGCUGAGCACAACAGAAAAGUACAUCCACAGAAACCUGAAGGCCGUUAACAAGUCUGACAGAGAGGAAUCUUCCUCUGUUGUUUUUAACUGUGAAGUGAUUGGAUUUUUCCCAGGUGAAGUGAAUGCAGCGCGAUGACUCAGGGCUCUGGUUUAAGAUCAAGUCUGAAGAUUAAGUCUAUUGUUUUAAUGUCACUUCAGCCAGUGUCACUGACGACACCACAGCUGUGUGUUUGAAUUCACUGUCUGAGUUUACAUAUACAUGUUCACACUGUAAUGUUUUGUUAAUGGAUGAUGUGUAAGGAUUAAUAAAUGUAUAGACUUUAACAGUAUGUGGUGGCCAGUGACACAGAGCUGUGACGUGUUGUGUCUCAGAUUGUGCUGCAUUGGCCUGUGGAGGCUGGACUGUGCCACCAAAACAAUUAGACAUUUUUAAUUCAUUACAUUUGCAGCUCAAUGACGAUUAAAAAUUAAAUAUGUAAUGUUGCGUUGAGAGCUUUGUUUGUUUAUUCUGUCUUUAAAUGAUGAAUAAUGUUUUUUUAAAGCGA